UCGCUGCAGCAAACGACCUACAGCGGCAGAGGCAGAAGCAGUACGGCGGCAGCAACAGUGACAGCGGCAGCGACAUUCGUUAACUGGCGGCGCUUGAUUGAAGGCAAUUGCCAGCCGUUUAGUUUGUUUGCCUUCAGUCUGAUUCUGUUACCGGUCAUGUGCAGAACGUUAGGUCGGAAAUAUUCUUUCGAUGUUGCAAACACAGAUCUGUUAAAAGAAGAAGAAGCAGAGGACUUCUACUUGAACAGCUCGGUCGGACGUUACUCAUUCGACGCGUCGCACGACAAUCUCAAAGUGACCGCGUUCGGCGUUGGUUCUUAGAUGCGGAUUAUAUUUUUUGGAAUUAUGUAAAUUACUUGAAAUGAAAGAUUUUGGCACCGAAAUAUAUUUGGCAAAUGAAAUAUAUCGCGCAACACGCUUGAAUUCAGAAUAAAAGUGCUGAAGAUUUAAAUUAGGAAACAGGUUAGUGGCUGCUUGAGAAGUUGAAUGAAAUAUCGAGUUAUUUGUGAAAUGUUUGUGCCACUUUUGGUGUUCAUUUGGAGAAAUAUUAAAUAAAAGUAUCUGAGUAGAAGCAUUACAGUGAAAUUUGUAACGGUAAUGAUAAUAAAUUUCAUCAGACAGAAUGAAUAGAUAAAUGUUAAACUAAGCAGUGUUAUUAAAAAAAGUAUCGACAAUGUGGCUUUUUCUGAUGCUUAAAAAUUUCAGGCAGUUUGAAGAGUGAGUUUACAAAAAAUAUUGUUCUAAUUGAAAAGCAUAUAUAAGCAUAGAAUAUAAUAUAAAGCUGCUUCUGUGUUAAAAAAAUUUACAUGUUCUAAUAAUUUUUUUUUGGAGAAAUUCAAACAACAAUAAAUCUCAUCGCAAAAUGCUGCUUAAAAAUCAAUAAUGAAAAGGUGUAGUCAUGUGGAAUUUCAUGCUUUAAGCAAAAACCAAGACCGCGCCACAACCAAAUAAAAUGAAAUUUCACAAAAGCAACUAAGCUCCACCCCCAUCCAAUGCAGCAAUUACUUCCUCCUGUUAGACAAGAUGUUUUCCCACGCACUUUGGCACCCUCAGCUGGCAACGGGUGCCAUUGCCGCCGGUACUUUGGCCACCGCCUCCACAUCCGACGAAAUGUUGCUGCUCGAUGAUGAGGUCGCCAUAAAUCAAGCGUACUAUACCAAUUCGCAGCUCUUUGCCUUUGACUCGUCCUCCAUGGUGGAUCUCCAGCAGCUGCUGCAGAGCGAAGCGUUCAAGCACAAUAUGUCACUGACACUGAAUAUCUCCACGGAGAACCUGACGGAUCUGCUAAACACCGCGCAGCUGAAUCAGACCCGGGAGUCGCCGCAAGAGCAACAGCUCCCCAUGUCCGUCUUGAUUACGCUCACCGUCUUCUAUGCCAUCAUAUUUGUGGCUGGUGUGUUGGGUAAUCUCAUCACAUGCAUUGUCAUAUCGCGCAAUAAAUUCAUGCACACCGCCACCAAUUUCUAUCUCUUCAACUUGGCGGUGUCGGAUUUGAUGUUACUGCUGUCAGGUGCGCCUCAAGAUGUUUACAGUUAUUGGUAUCCCAAUGCCUUUCCAUUUGGCGAUGUAAUUUGCAUUCUUGGCAGUGUCUUAGCGGAGACAGCCAGCAAUGCAACCGUACUGACAAUAACAGCAUUUACCGUGGAACGUUACAUAGCGAUAUGUCAUCCAUUUCGACAGCACACCAUGUCGAAGCUCUCGCGCGCUAUCAAGUUCAUCUUCGCCAUUUGGGUGACGGCGCUGCUGCUCGCUCUGCCACAGGCAAUGCAAUUCUCUGUUGUGUCCGAGCAGGGCGGGACAUCUUGCACGAUUGGCAAUCACUUUGUCGAACAUGUUUUCGCCGUGUCGGGAUUUAUCUUCUUCGGUGGUCCCAUGACGGCGAUUUGUGUGCUCUACGUCCUGAUUGGUAUAAAGCUGAAGCGGAGUCGCUUGCUGCAGGCUAUGCCACGGCGUAGUCUGGAUGUGCAUCGUGGGAUCAGCGCUCAAAGUCGUGUGAUCAGAAUGUUGGUUGCCGUCGCUGUGGCUUUCUUCCUCUGUUGGGCACCCUUCCACGCGCAACGCUUGAUGGCUGUGUAUGGCAGCAGCGCGAACAUUGAAUCUCAACUGUUCAAAGAUGUCUUCGAAGCUGUCGACCUCAUAUCCGGUGUACUAUAUUACCUCUCGACCUGCAUCAAUCCGUUGCUGUACAACAUCAUGAGCCACAAAUUUCGUGAUGCUUUUAAGGUAACCUUAGCUCGUCAAUUCGGACUCCCCGGACGCUCACAGAGUCAAAAUCACAACUACAGGUCCCUACUGCGACAGAACGGUUCCAUGCGUCUUCAUACAACGGUGAAUAACAAUGCUCUCGAUCACUACCACUCUUACCGAGUUAUGCAAUUGCAUUGUCGUGACCAAAGCCAUCAUUUUUCUCUGCAGGACAGCAUCCGAACAACAACAACGACGACCACAAUCAACAGCAGCGGUGGAAUGGGAAGCAUGACUAUGGGCGGAAAGGGUGGCAACAGCGUUAGUCGUCGUUCAUCCAAUCGUUCCCGUUACACCUCCAUCGGCUCGCAAUCUCCGCUGACGACAUCACUGAGCAAGCGUGAUGAAAUCGCCACCAAUCAACUAAAUGGUUUAACUGCAGCAACCGCAGCCAAACAACAACAGCAACAUCAUCAUUUACUGCAAUCUCAACUAUCGCAACGGUCCAAUGGGGCCGAUAGCAAUAUACUACUAGACAUAGAAUUGGACACAGCGCACAACUAUUGUCACGGUCGUCCGCAGUCGGUGGCCAUAAAUUGCAAUCGAAGUGAUAACUUACGGCGCUCCGUCAUUAGCAAUAGUAUGGUGCAUACGGCGGGUCAGGCGCGACCUCUUUUCGAUGAUCGCAUGUCGAUUAAUUCGCAAGAGUGGGACAGCAGCGCUAAUCAAUAUGAAUUGGGCGAUACUCUUUGUAUGGGUGAACUUGAGUCCGAGUUAGCGAAACCCGCCACACCACACAGCCUGCCAAGGGCGCGUAUGUCUGUCCCUCAACCAGCAACGACCAUACAGCCGGUGAAUUCCAUAGCGGAAUUGGACAUUCAUACACCGGCACGUACACGUCUUAAACUUUCAAAAAUAAUCAGUCGACGUGACCAGGACACUGUGUUGGCCAAGUCUGCACCGCGCGCUGAACUAAUGCGAAUCGCCUCCAAUACCAAUAAUAUGCCUGCCUCACCGUUUGCGACGUACGAAAACGAUAAGAAGAAACAGACGCGUAACGGUAACGGCGCGCGGACACAUAAAAAGUUUGAUGCACUCACCGGUAUGUUUCAUUGGCGCGCACGUAAAAAAGAGCUGAAGGGUCGAAAUGUCGGCGGUGGUGGUCCAGGUGUUAUCUCUACUCACACCCACACACCGCGAAAUGCUGUUAUGCGUAGCAUUUCGUCUCCAACGCCAGUCCUGAUAAAGGCCACGUUACAUGUGGAAUUAGAAGGCCAGUAUUUGUGAUAUAGAAACCAAGGACACGUAAAUUACUAAUAGAACUGCGGUGCUCUGUCUCCAGUAUCGGAUACUCGAUGUCAACAAGGUCAAAUUAUGCAGCCUCGCAGUUAAUUCUGCUCACAUAUUCGUUCGCAUUAACGUCACAGCUCCACAAAUUGAUGCGAUCAAGCUUCCUCAAAACCUCAGCCAGAUUGUUCAAUACAUAGAA